CAAGCGCCUCUCUUACCGUCGGCUUUAGGAAGAGAGGGCUACACAGACGCAGAAACAACAUGGGCAGCCAGCUGAAGGAAAUGAUGGAGCAGCUUCGGCAUCUCUCAGGCGACAUCUUCAACAAGACCUUACGAGUUGUAACUGUGCAGAGAGCUCCGUUCACUAUGACACGUGUUGGUGCUAACAAUAAAACCGAGUACUACGGCUUCUGCGUGGACAUGGUGACUGAACUCUCGCGAUAUCUCGGCUUCAACUACGAGAUGUACGAUGUGCGCGGAUUCGGCGUGAAGAAGAAAGGCAACUGGACCGGACAGAUCCGGGAAAUUCUGAAUGGGAAUGCUGACUUCUCUGUGGCGCCGCUGAGCGUCAGCCCUGAACGUCAGAUGGUGGUGGACUUCACUACUCCCUUCAUGCACUCCGGAGUCGGCAUGGUAACCCAAGCGCCCGAGCUCGACCACAUGGGCUACUUCGGCUUCGUCAAGCCUUUUAGAACGGAAGUGUGGUUAGCCAUCAUUGGUGCGUUCUUAGUGAUCUCUGCCGCCAUUUCCCUGGUGAGUCGCUGGAGGCUACGGUCAAAGGUCGGUGAUCCGGGAAACGACAACGAUGACAAGUUUACGCUUCAGAACAGCUUCUGGUUGGCGCUGUGGUCGGUGAUGAGGAAAGGCGGAGAGCCGGCCCCUCGCUCCCCUCCGGUGAGAAUCCUGGUAGCGUUCUGGUGGUUCUUCGCGCUGAUUGUCAUCACCACCUACACCGCUAACCUCACCGCCUCUCUAACGGUGAAUCGCAUGUCUUCCUCCAUCAACUCCCUGGAGGACCUGGCGUCACAGACCGACAUCCCCUAUGGACUGGUGCGAGGGGGAGGGUACUACAAGUUUUUCGAGUCACGUGCAGUGGAGCCUGAAGGAAGCGGCACGGUUUUUGAGCGGAUGUGGUAUGCCAUGAUCAGCAACCGAGAGAAUGGCGUCAGGAACUAUGUGGAAGGCAUGAGCAGAGCUCGCAACGGAAGUUACGUCUACAUGGCUGACGACACGACUCUGGCCUAUGACGUCAUCACCGAUCCUGAGUGUAAACUGAUGAUGGUUGGAGUCCCAUUCCUCCAUAGAGGGUAUGGCAUUCCCACCAAGAAAGGCAGCCCUCUAGCAGAGGCAUUGACCCUUGGGAUCCUGAAGAUGCAGGAAACGGGAACACUGGACCUGCUGAAGGCCAAGUGGUGGCCUAAGGACGGAUGUCCCCUCUUCGGCCCCGACCCUGAGGUCAAACGUGGAGACAUCGGCCUGGACGUGUUUGCCGGCGUGUUCAUGGUGCUCGGGGCGGGCAUUCUGCUGGCAGUCGUUGUCGCCGCCUGUGAGAUCAUUUUUGCUGGAAGGACACAGAAGAAGGAAAGCUCAUCAAACCACCAUGAUUGCACCGGUGGAGAACUGGGAGAUAGACACAUGCCAAAGAAAACGACUGUACAGGUUGAACCCUUGUCGGAAGAGCUUCUCCGCUGCAUCCAAACUGGAAGGGUUAAGAUCACACUCUGUCCAGGAACGACAUCUUGGAAUUGAGCUCAGAUAACUGCAUUAUCACAGAAUCGUCGCUGGAUGGAGCUGCGUAAACCAACGGAGGCUCGUGGUUCUUUAACCAGGAAAGUUCGCGCAUCCAGAUAGACACGGGUUUUGAGGCAGGAGGCUGUCUCCUGGAGAAUAGACAUCUAAAAGUUUAUAUACAUUUCAACGUGAAGAAGAAUCAUCCCACUGUGUUGGGAGUUGUUGCAUGUAUAACGCACGGUUUUAUACGAUUUAGUCGUUGCCUGCCCUCUCAAAGGCGACUUACCUCACACUGCAUGUA